GUCCACGUGUCCCGCAAUGCCCCACCGCCACGCAGACACGGGCCCCGCUUCCCCCGUACCAAACGGAUCGGAAGGAUCACGAGCCGCCGCCGCUGGCUGAGCACCACUCCUCGCCGGCCAUGGACAUGGAGGCGCAAGCCGCCACCGACGACCCGCACUUCCCCAUCUACGUCUCCUCCGAGGAGGACGACGGCAUUACGUUCCUUGGCGACUCGUUCGACCCCGAGGAGAUGCAGAUCCAGGAGGCCAUCCUCCUCUCCAUCGACUCCUCCCGCGCUCCAACCGCCAUCCCGACCUCCUCCUCCGCCUCCUCCUCGGCGUCCCCGUCCGGGCCCGACGUCGCCGGCACCUCCGGGAAAUCCACCGAAGAGUCCCCUCGCGACCGCAAGGGGAAGCGCAAGUUAUUGGAAGUCUUAUGCAAUGUGGAAGAUGAGCCGAGCGAUUCGGGGAAGCGGCGGAAGCGCAACCGCUUCAGGUGCGCCAUCUGCAUGGAGAAGGUUCAGGUUUCAGAGCAGUUUAUUGUGAGCCACUGUUCGCAUGCCUUCUGCAAUGGCUGCGUCGGGCGGUACGUCGCCACCAAGAUCGGCGAGAACGUGGAAUCGAUAGGUUGCCCUGACCCUGAAUGCACAGAGGGCUUCGUUGAGAUUGAACCAUGCCGAGAUAUCAUUCCCCAGGAGCUUUUCGAUCGCUGGAGUGUUACUCUGUGCGAGCAGUCCCUAGGGAAUGAGAAGUACUACUGCCCUUUCAAGGAUUGCUCCGCGUUGCUGAUCAAAGACAAUGACAGGACGGUGAAAAUCAGGGACACCGAGUGCCCACAUUGCCAUCGGAUGUUCUGCGCACGGUGCCGUGUGCCGUGGCACGACGGAAUCAAGUGUAAGGAGUUAAGGAGGCUUGGGGAUGACGAGAAGGGGGAGACUGAUCUGAUGCUUAAGAAACUGGCUAACAAGAAUAAAUGGCAGAGGUGCCCCAGCUGCAAGAUGUACGUCUCGAGGAUCGCUGGGUGCUUGCUCAUGAAGUGCAGGUGUAAACAGUACUUCUGUUACCAUUGCGCUGCUCCAAUGAGUAAAGCUCUUCACUAUUGUAAGAAUUGCAAGCGGUAGUGAAGGUCAAACAAACUCAGAAUUUGUACAUAGUUAUAGGUUAGCAUCCACGAAAUAAGUAGGCUAUCACCUCCGCGGACUGGAGAUGUGCAAAGCACACAAGCCCCUCGGAACUGGUGUGGUUCAUCUGCAAAGCUGUAAAUUUUCCUCAUUUGCUGUAGUCAGAUCAGCAGUUUUGCACUGGGUGAUGUUACACUUUGUGUCCUCAUUCAUUGUAGGCAGAUCAGCAGUUUUGCGCUGGAUGAUGUUAUACUUUGUGUCGAACUUCAUGCAGAUUUUAACCUGUGUGUUGCAGUGGUGCAGUAAUGCAUGUGUCUGCAGUUGGCCUGACUGA